AUGAAGCAACGAAUCCCGCCCUUGAUUUGCGUCGUGGCGAACGUCGCUCAAGUCUGCAGAGGUCAAUCCAGCGCGACGACGACGACGCUCUCGUCCACUGCAUCGUCCACGGCGGCGGCAUCAUCCGGAUCGACCUCAUACGCCGCCGAGCUGGCCUCGUACUUGGAUGGACUACCUUCUUGCGCUACCCCCUGCGUGACGACGUCUCUAUCAAAUGCCCAAUGUCGUGACACGUCAUGUCUCUGCUCAGACGACGCAAUCUUCAACGACGCAGCGGCGUGUGUCAAAUCAUCCUGCGGUUACGGCCAACAGUUGGUCACCAAAAACGCGACCGAGACGGCCUGCCACAGAAGACGUAGGGACCGGUCCGGCAAGUACAACGCCACAAGCAUCGCCAUGUGUGCCGUGACGGGCACGCUUGUGGUCAUGCGGACCGGGUUCAAGCUCUUCUUCAGCGGGCAGAGGACCCUCAAGCCCGACGACCUGGUCAUCCUCCUGGUAUCGGCCCUCGUCGGGCUGCCGUGCACCAUCCUCAACGUCAAGGGCCUCUCCUACUACGGCCUGGGCAGGGACGUCUGGACACUGCAGCCCGCCGCCAUUGUCGAGUUUGCCCGCUACUUCUUCAUACAGCAGAUUCUGUAUGUUUUCCUCAUGACGAGCAUCAAGCUGAGUCUGCUGCUGUUUUACCUCUCGAUAUUCCCCGGCAAGAUCACGAGGCUCUUGCUCUGGAUCACCUUUGCCGUCAACGCUCUGUCGGGCGUGUCUUUUAUACUGGUUUCUGUGUUCCAGUGUGCGCCCAUACAGUUCUACUGGAUGCAGUAUGCGCAGCAGGGCACUGGGAAAUGCCUCAACAUCAACCUGCUUGGGUGGCUGAACGGAGUCUCGAGCGUCGCCAUUGACCUGUGGAUGAUUGGCAUCCCGCUGUUUCAGGUCAAAAAGCUGGAGCUACACUGGAAGAAGAAGUUGGGAGUGGCCGUCAUGUUCUUGACGGGAGCGCUGUCGCUCGUUCACUUUUACAACUCGGAAAACCGAACGUGGGAUUUGUGGCAGACAGCGUGGUGGUCGACGAUUGAAAUCAACAUCGGCCUCAUAUGUGCUUGCCUGCCAGCGGUCCGACUGAUGCUGGUCCGCAUGUGGCCGCAGGUAUUUGGUGGCACCAUCAGCUCGACCAUGGCGAGGUCCAGGGCUUCGAGAGGAAAUAGCAUGCUGGUGCGAAGGCAGAAGAUCCGAAUUGCCAGCAUGGAGAUGGCCCUCGAAGAUGCUUCGUCGUCGUCAAAGGAGACGGCAGAGCAGUGGGAAUCGUGCCCGGCGGCGCCAGACAAGCCAUGGGACGGCAGUUUCUGCCAUGCCAAAUGA